AUGGCUCAUAUUAAUCAAUUAUGUCGUGCCUGCCUCACAACGAAGGAAUCUUUUACAUAUAUUUUAUUCGACAACGUAUGCCCUGACUUGUAUUGUUUCUGUACAUCGGUGAAGGUACUUCAGGAUGAAGAGUUACCGAGGGCAAUUUGUAAUACUUGUUAUGAUCUUAUUACAAAAUAUUCAGAAUUCAAACGGGCUUGUAUACAAUCACAAGAUACUCUAAUUAACUACAAAAAUACUUUAAAAUGUGAAACGGACGAACUCACGUCCAAUACUAUCCCUGUUGAUAUUGAAAGCCAAGAUGAUAAACUAAAAACUGAGUUAGUUGAUAUUUCAAUAAAACUCGAAGAAUCUCAAGAGUAUGAAAAUGAUUAUUUAGAAUCAGUGGAUAAUAACGACGAUCCUGUUGUAACAAAUAAAAUGAAUAUACUCAAGAGAAAAGUGAAAAAAACUUUGAAAUUGAAACAGCACCCUAGAAAAGAAGUAAGUAUAAAGGUCAAAAGAAAAAAGUUUAUCUACACGUGUGAGCUGUGCCGCAAGAAAUUCAAUUAUAGGGAGAGAUUUGAAGCACAUAAACUUGAACAUGAGGGCAAAAUUGUGUCAAUUCACUGUUCUCCUUGCAACAAAACCUUCAUGACCUGGAGCAGUCUAAAGAGACACAAUGAAAAUGAACACACUCUAGUAAACUUGGAGAGUCUGAAGUGUAGAACAUGCGGUAAAAUCUUCAAAAGCAGGCAAACGUUGAAGAUGCACGAGAAGACACACGGAGAGAGACGAUUGAGUGUGUGCGAUGUAUGUGGCAAAGGGUUUACUACUGCUGUCAUUUUAAGAGCACAUUUAGAAACACAUAAAGAGGACAGAGAAAGAACGUUCACGUGUGAACACUGUGGCAAAAAGUUUUAUACAAAUACAAUUCUAAUGUCACACGUUUCUAGACGACAUACUGGCCGCAGAUUUAUUUGCCAAAUUUGUUCCUACCCAUUCACAGACAAAUAUAAUUUGGCUAAACAUUUACUUAUCCAUGAAGGAAAGAAGUUGUACAAGUGUGAUAUUUGCGAUAAAUCUUACGCCACUCAAUCCACUUUGUUAGAACAUAAAAGAAUUCAUUCUGGAGAACGGCCUUUUGUUUGCACCUAUUGUCUGAAAGGUUUUGUAUCUAAGAAGCGGUUGACGGAUCAUGUUAGAAUUCACACAGGAGAUAAGCCGUAUAAAUGUACUGUCUGUGAUCAAAGAUUUACGCAGAGAGGGACUUUGAAGAGACACAUGAAAGUACAUGAUAGAAUUGUGCCUACUUUAUAA